GAUUUAAAAAAUCAUGUGAUAGCAAAGACACCAUACCCAGUGGCAUUGCGUGAAGACUGAAGCUCUGUAAAAUUUACUUUUUGCGUGAGUUAUUGACGAGUCCUGAUCACUGUACAUCUAUUUUUGUGUGUCAAUUGUAGGCCAGUGAAAAAAUGGCUGAUGUCUUAGAGAAAGCAGAUGCCAAUGCUGGUGCAUCAGGCGACCCCAGCAGAGUUACAGAAGUUAGCCCAGGCAGUGACAAAGGCAUUGAAGAAGCAAAGCAGACUGUUGUUGAUGGGAGUCAGAUGUCCACACCCAAGAAACCACUAGAGGCCGGAAUGGACAAUGACCAGGAAGAGCAGAAGAUCUCUGGGAGUGGGGAUGGAAAGGAAUGGUUAGAUGUCCUAGGAAGUGGUCAACUGAGGAAAAAGGUCCUGAAGGCCGGUCAAGGAGAGGGCAGUCGACCUGAUAGGGGUGUGGCUAUCACUGUGAGUUACAAGGGCAGGCUCCAGGAUGGUACAGAGGUGGAGGCUGAGGACAAAGUGACAUUCACUCAGGGAGAAGGAGAAAUUGUUCAAGCUAUUGAUUUGUGUGUAUGCCUAAUGGAGCUGGGUGAGGUAGCAGAAAUCCAUACCAAUGCCAGAUUUGCUUAUGGAGAAUAUGGAAAGGAGCCCAAAGUCUUGCCAAACACUGAUAUGAUUUAUGAAGUAGAAUUAUUAGAAGUAAACCCUCCACCCGCACUGCUCACAAUGACGUUGGAAGAAAUAUGUCAGCUAGCGAACAAGAAAAGGGAGUAUGGAAAUGAACUGUUUGGAAGGAAAGAUUAUUCUGGUGCAAUCAACUCGUACACAAGAGCCAUCUCACUGCUUGAAGAUUGUCCAAGCGGAAAGGAUGAUAGCUAUGAAAAAGAAGUAAGUGAGAUGGCAAUCAAAUGUUUCAACAACCUAGCAGCUGCCCAGCUAAAGGUGGAUGCAUUUUCAGCAGCUCUUCAGUCUUGUAAUUCUGUGUUAUCAAAGGAUCCAAGCAAUGUAAAGGCAUUAUUUAGGAAGGGAAAGGUCCUAGCUGGCCAACUGGAGUUCAGUGAAGCCCAUAUAUAUCUCAAAAAGGCAUUAGCAAUAGAACCAUCAAAUAAGACCAUUCAUCAAGAGCUUGCUAAGCUUUCGGUCAAACAGCAGCAGGAGGUGAAGUCAGAAAAGGCCAUGUAUCAGAGGAUGGUAGGAGAUAUGGCAACGGUCUCAGAGAAAGCUGAAUCAAAGAGCUCAAGAGUCAAAUAUCUCCUAAUUGGAUUAUCAAUGGUCAUUGCUGCUGUAGCCAUAGUGCUUGCUCUAUAUUUAUCAUAGACCUACAUCAUGGUAACCAUCAGUGACCAAAUGGACUUCAAACCAAACUAAAAUGCAAUAACUGCAAUUGAAUCGCCUACAGUUUUCUAUAAUGGCAGUAAGUGAAGCACGGGUGUGGAGUUCGAUCUGUUUCUUGGAAAGGAUUAGUCAUUUGCGUUUUCGUUGUCGAGUCUUCAGGAGAAGAAUUACCCAAAGAUGUCUUUAAUCAAGAUUACAAGGAUGUAUAGUUGCUGACAAUUGUAGUUUUUAAUGAACCAAAGCUGUGACAUUUGAUGAAAUAAUCUUGUAUUCCCUCUCUCCAUUUGAUCUCCAUGAGCAAUCUAUUCACCAUCUUUUCUAGGAUCCAUCGACCCUUUGUAAACAAAUAAUUCCUGGAUGAUCAAAUCAUGUUCCAAUUAUAAAAAUGCAUAUAGUAUUUUUCCAUCUAAAUGACAAUUUAAUAGGGGAUUCACUUUGAUGCAGUUUACAAUGUACAUAUUUUUAUUGUAGCUGGCUGGUAUACCGGGUAGACAUUAUUCUCUGUUGACACAAUACCAAGUAUGUGUUAUAGCCAGCUGGUAUUAAGGCUAGGUUACUGUUAUCUUUACACAGCCAAUCACACACUAUAUUUUCUUUGCAUCCAGUUUCUGCUUCUUUUGCUUGCAAUUUUGUCAGGUUUUGUCUCGCCUGCAUAGCAGAGCGUCAACAUCAAAUCUUAAUCUAAGGUUAAGUUUUUGAAAUGACAUCAUAACUUCAAAAGUAUAUGGACCUAGUUAAUGAAACUUGGACAUAAGGGUAAAUCAAGUAUUACUGAACACCCUGCCUUGGUUUCAGGUCACAUGACCAAGGACAAAGGUCAUUUAGGGUAAAUGAACUUGGACCAUGUUGGGGGAAUCAAUAUCGAAACCUAAACCUAAGGUUAAGUUUUUGAAAAUGUCAUCAUAAUGUAGAAAGUAUAUGGACCUAGUUCAUGAAACUUACACAUAAGGUUAAUGAAGUAUUACUGAACAUUCUCCAUGAGGUCACAUGACCAAGGUCAUUUAGGGCCAAUGAAAUUUGUGGAACUUUAUGGAUCUAUUUUGUGAAACAUAGACAUAAGGGUAAUCAAGUAUAAAUGAUUGUUUUGCACACAUCUUAGAUCACAUGAUCAUGGUCGAAGGUCAUUUUGGGUCAAUGGACAUAGUAUUUUAUUAUCAUAUGAAUGUUUUCUUUGGUGAAUAAUUAUUAAAUAGCUGUUUUCAAAGUCAGCACUGCUGCUAUAUCGAAUCGCGUAAUGCAGGUGAGACUGCUAGAGGCAUUCCACUUGUUGUUUUUCUGUUCAUUUGUGGUAUUUAAUUUGAUGAGUAUAGUCCUAAUUGGUUAUUUUAACUUUCGCCUUGCUUUUUAUUCCCCGCAAAACAAAGUUUGAUGGGGGUAUAAACAAUCAGUGUAUGGUCGGUUGGUCCAUUGCAAAUCUUGCGCAUCUACUUCCUUAGUUUUUAACCAAUUCUCAUGAAACUUGGCACACAUAUUGGUGUUGGGGCAAAGAUGUCCAAUACACCUUUUUCACAUGUGUCAGAAAUUGUGUUGCCAUGGUAACGACAUAUUGUAUGGUGAAAAUUGUGUGAAAAUCUUGCGAAAAGUUUGAAUUACUUCAAUUUUCAACCAAUUCUCAUUAACUUUGGCUCACUCAUUGGUUUUGAGGUAAAGAUGUCCGAGACCUAUAUUUUGAGUGUGUCGGAAUUUGAGUUACCAUGGUAACAACAUAUUAUAUGCCCCAAAUGAGUUUAAAAUCUUGUGAUUCAUACUAUUUCAUCAGUUUUCAACCAGUUCUCAAGAAAUUUGGCUCACACAGUGGUCUUGAAGUAAAGAUGUGCAGGACAAUUUUUUUCCAUUUGUUGGAAAUAUGUUGCCAUGGUAACAACAUACUAUUAUAUGUCAAAAAAUUAGGCAAAAAAUUUGCGGUUUGAACUACUUCAUCUGUUUUUAACCAAUUCACUUGAUAUUUAGGUCACACAUUGGCCUUUGGGUAAUACUAGGCAAGACAUAAUGUUUCCAUGUGUCGGAAACUUGCCAUGGUGAUGGUGUACGGCGGGUGUAUUAAUUACCUUCAGUGAUACCGGUAGUCCUAGUCUAUUUGUUAAUGGUUAGACAUAAGGGUAAUCAAGUUUCUGCUUCUUUUGCUUGCAAUUUUGUCAGGUUUUGUCUCGCCUGCAUAGCAGAGCGUCAACAUCAAAUCUUAAUCUAAGGUUAAGUUUUUGAAAUGACAUCAUAACUUCAAAAGUAUAUGGACCUAGUUAAUGAAACUUGGACAUAAGCGUAAAUCAAGUAUUACUGAACACCCUGCCUUGGUUUCAGGUCACAUGACCAAGGACAAAGGUCAUUUAGGGUAAAUGAACUUGGACCAUGUUGGGGGAAUCAAUAUCGAAACCUAAACCUAAGGUUAAGUUUUUGAAAAUGUCAUCAUAAUGUAGAAAGUAUAUGGACCUAGUUCAUGAAACUUACACAUAAGGUUAAUGAAGUAUUACUGAACAUUCUCCAUGAGGUCACAUGACCAAGGUCAUUUAGGGCCAAUGAAAUUUGUGGAACUUUAUGGAUCUAUUUUGUGAAACAUAGACAUAAGGGUAAUCAAGUAUAAAUGAUUGUUUUGCACACAUCUUAGAUCACAUGAUCAUGGUCGAAGGUCAUUUUGGGUCAAUGGACAUAGUAUUUUAUUAUCAUAUGAAUGUUUUCUUUGGUGAAUAAUUAUUAAAUAGCUGUUUUCAAAGUCAGCACUGCUGCUAUAUCGAAUCGCGUAAUGCAGGUGAGACUGCUAGAGGCAUUCCACUUGUUGUUUUUCUGUUCAUUUGUGGUAUUUAAUUUGAUGAGUAUAGUCCUAAUUGGUUAUUUUAACUUUCGCCUUGCUUUUUAUUCCCCGCAAAACAAAGUUUGAUGGGGGUAUAAACAAUCAGUGUAUGGUCGGUUGGUCCAUUGCAAAUCUUGCGCAUCUACUUCCUUAGUUUUUAACCAAUUCUCAUGAAACUUGGCACACAUAUUGGUGUUGGGGCAAAGAUGUCCAAUACACCUUUUUCACAUGUGUCGGAAAUUGUGUUGCCAUGGUAACGACAUAUUGUAUGGUGAAAAUUGUGUGAAAAUCUUGCGAAAAGUUUGAAUUACUUCAAUUUUCAACCAAUUCUCAUUAACUUUGGCUCACUCGUUGGUUUUGAGGUAAAGAUGUCCGAGACCUAUAUUUUGAGUGUGUCGGAAUUUGAGUUACCAUGGUAACAACAUAUUAUAUGCCCCAAAUGAGUUUAAAAUCUUGUGAUUCAUACUAUUUCAUCAGUUUUCAACCAGUUCUCAAGAAAUUUGGCUCACACAGUGGUCUUGAAGUAAAGAUGUGCAGGACAAUUUUUUUCCAUUUGUUGGAAAUAUGUUGCCAUGGUAACAACAUACUAUUAUAUGUCAAAAAUUAGGCAAAAAAUUUGCGGUUUGAACUACUUCAUCUGUUUUUAACCAAUUCACUUGAUAUUUAGGUCACACAUUGGCCUUUGGGUAAUACUAGGCAAGACAUAAUGUUUCCAUGUGUCGGAAACUUGCCAUGGUGAUGGUGUACGGCGGGUGUAUUAAUUACCUUCAGUGAUACCGGUAGUCCUAGUCUAUUUUAAGAGUUUGAUAAAUUCAGGAGACUGGACUCACUCAAUUAAGUGAAUCAAAGACCCUCACUGAUUCCUGGCAGCCACUUUUUAAGUCCAGCAUACUACCCCUGUUCUAUUUCUCUUGACUUAUAUGUUUGAAAAGUUAACAGGUUUCUGGAGUAGGGCAGUAUACCGUAAUAGGGAAGAUCUUGCCUUAGGAUAAGUUAAGUGUGAGAUUGAUUUUACAUUUUACAUUUGAUAAAUAUAUGUCGCAUAAUUUUAAUUAUGAAAAAUAAUGUUCACUAUUUAUAUCCAUGAAUAUUGUUUAGGUAAGAGACCAUGAAUGAUACUUAUCUUUCCAUUUCAAAGUAUUCAUUCAUGUUUGAUAUUUAAAAAAAUGCCUACAAGGGAAUACUGUUUUCAAGGAACAAUCUUUUCAUGGAUACAAUAUUUCUGUAUUGCAGUUAUCAUAUUCACUAAGAAACAAUGAGACCUCUUCAGCUGUACCCCUCCAAAUACCCUCUUUAACCUCCUCACCUCCCUCUUUAUCUCUCAUUCUUAUCUUAUACUCUCUUUCCACCACCCUCUUUGUCCCCACCCCGUCGCACCCAUCUCUCUCUUCUCCAUCUCUCUCCUCUCUUCAUAUUUCUUGCUACAUUUUCUUAAUGAUUUUUAAAUUCAAUUGAUAUCAUUUGUUUUCAAUUUUAUAUUACACUCUCAGCCUCCCAUUCCUGUGUAUAUUGAUGGUACUCAGCUGUAUAAGAAACUCCUCUUUUUGUAUGUGCAUGCCCAUGUGCACAUAUGAUCAAUCAGUAUUAUUAUAAACCAUCAUUUGAAAUUUGGUCAAUAAUACAUUCUCUUUUUGUGAAUGAGCACGUAAAGGAACUUGUGUAUUUUCAAAUCUAGUCAGUGCUCUGCACUCUGUGACAUAUAUGUACAUUAUGUUGUAGCUUAUUGGCAAUUAAAGGAGCUAUAAGAAAAAGUUUCCUACUUCUGGGCAUUCCCACAAAAAAGCUCACACCUAAACAAUUGCUAUUUUAAUUGCUAAUAGAAAUAGUUUGUAAUUAUUUUAACAGGUGUCAACUUUUUUGGGGUAAUCUAUUAGGAAGUUGGGGAAUUAUAAGUGAUUGGCAAGUUUCGUUUUGUUGUUAAUGUAUGUUGGUUGGUAUUUUUUUUUAUUGUUAAAGUUGCUCACUGAAAUAUAUGUUCAUUGUGAUUCAAA